AUGUCAUUUAGAAAAAGAGGCGAAAUCGUAAAUGGCGGCGGUGCUACUGGCAGUCCCGGUGCUGGUGCUGGUGCUGGAACAAUAGGUGGCCCCAGAGGUAUGCCAACUCGAGUCCAACAAGUACCAUUAACAACCAAUAGACAGUCUAGUUUCAGUACUAUUGGGCGUCCCAUCCCAUCCUUAUCAUCCGUUUCUUCAUCUAACUCUGCAAUUCGUACUUCUGGUCCUACCCAACAACACAGAGUAGCAUCGGUGAAGCUGCGAGAUGCUAUAGAGGAUGACUUGUCUAUACGAAUAAUGCAAAACCCUGGAGUUCGACCCUCGUUGAGCAAUUCCCAACCAACAGUACUGACGGGCAGUUCAGAUCUAGAUAAGAUCCUUUUGCAUCAAGGAUUGCCAAUUGGAAAUUCUAUUUUGGUGGAGGAGUCGGGAACGACUGACUUUGCCACUGUAUUGUUAAGAGCGUUUGCAUCGCAAGGGAUAAUGCAUAAUAGGAUAGAGCCAAAUACUUUGCAUUCGCAUGUGAUUGUUUUUGGAAUGUCACCAUACUGGUCAAAUGAUCUUCCAGGAUUGUACAAGGGAUCGUCGAGGGAGCAGAAAAAGGCCAGAAUUGCCGAAAAUGAAUCAAAAUUGAGUGUUUCAAAUAUUGCACACAACUCGAAUGUAGCUAGAGAUGAACUGAAGAUGAAAAUUGCUUGGCGGUAUGGACUAAAUAAGAAAGCUGAAGAACUGGGGAAGAAUAAAGAUGAUGCAACAAACACUGCAUACGAGCACUACAAUAAUCAAUUCGACAUCACUCAGAAACUUGUGCCUGGUCCUAGUCCUCAAGAAAUCUCGUAUGUUCCAAUGUCGAGUUCAGCAACGGCCAUUAUUACCCAAAUUGAGAGUAUUAUCAAGACCCAACUUAGAUCCAAUCCAUUAAAAGUUAUUAGAUUAGUUAUCCCAGGUUUGCUAAAUCCAUCAUUAUAUCCACCUACAUUUAGUGGCCCUACUGUUAUUUUCCCAUUCGUACAUUCCCUUAGAUCUUUGUUACGUCGAUAUGAGAACAAUCUUGUAGUGAUAGCUUCGCUUCCACUUGAUUUGUUUCCGAGGUCCAGCUCAUUAACUGGUAUAUUUGAAACGUUGUUUGAUGCAGUGAUUCACUUGCAGCCAUUCAAUCAAGAAAUGACCCAAUUGAUUGAAAAAGCCUACAAAAACGAGCCCGCUAAAAUCCAACAGGGUUUGGUGAAUAUAAUUAAGUUGCCUAUCUUAUCAGAAAAGGGAUUGAUGAUGGUUCAUGACGGAGAGUAUGCUUUUAAGAAUGGAAAGAAGAAGUUUGAAAUUGAAGUUUGGGGUAUUCCAGUCGAACACGAUUCAAAAGAAGAUGAAAAGAGUAAAGUCACGCCCGAAGGUGGUCAAACUACCAAAAGCAUUGAUUUUUAG